UUUCCCGUGUUUUCAACUAAAAAAUUGCCGGGAAAUGGAAAAAACGGAGAAAAAGUACCGUCAACGAAACAAACAACGCCGAAAUGCGAUCCGUCAACAAUUGGAAUUCUACUUUAGUGACUCAAACUUAACUAAAGAUCGAUAUUUGAAUCAAUUAGUUAAAAAUUCGCCGGAUGGAUAUGUUGAAAUCUCGGAAUUUCUGAAAUUUAAUAAGAUAAAAGCACUUACCCAAACAGUUGAAGACAUCGCCAAAGCAGUUUCGGGCUCAGAAUUGCUCGCAUUAUCCGAAGACUCGACAAAAGUCAAGCGCAAAACUGAGUUACAGGUCAAAGCGGAUGCCGACGAAUGCACUUUGUAUGUCGAAUCCUUGCCAAAAAGCGCAACUCACGAUUAUGUCAAAGAGAUUUUCUCCAAAUACGGCAAUGUUGUGUACGUUUCAUUGCCGCGAUUCAAACACUCCCGAAGAAUUAAGGAAUUCGGGUUUGUUGAGUUUGAGAAUCAAGAAGGCUUGAAAAAAGCUGUCGAGGCGUUCAAACAAUGGAAUGGCGUUUUGAUGUACGAAGAUGCGGAUCCGGAUAAAUUGCAGAGCGUCAUUAGUUUCAACGAGGAACAAAAAGAAUCGAAAGAAGGCGAAAAAGAUGAAAACAACCAAAGCAAAGGCACGGAAGACGAAACUGAAGAACCGCCAAUGAAAAAGUUGCGAACAGAGUCAGAAAGUACGGAAAAUCAGGAAAAUGAGGCAAAUUUGAAUGCGUCUGAGGAAGUCAAAACAGCUGAAAAUGCCGAAAAAGACAAAGAACCCGAAAAAAGUGAAAAAACCGACAAAAAGAAGAAAAAAUCGAAAUCUUCAACGGGAACAACAGUCACGGAAGAUAAAGUUUUCGACAUCAAAGUCAUGCCAAAACGCGAAUGGAAGCGCCUUCGCAACAAAUACCUGAAUCUCCAACGAACGCGUUUCAAGGAAAUCAAACAAAAGCUCCAAGCAGGUCGAAAACAGCAAGAAAAGAAGCAACAAAAGAAAAAAACUCCAAUUCCAUCGAAAGCAAGUCACGCUUCUCCUCGUAAAAUCAACUUUUAUGGCGCCUUGCCCUUCGACACGAAAAAAUCGGGCGGCGAGGAAAACGAAAUGAUGGAAGUUCAAUCGAUUCCCCCGAAAAAACCUCUAUUUUCAUUCGAACCAGGCCUUAUCGUGAACAUAAAAUUCCAAGAACCCUUGGUUGAUGUCAAAGAAUUCAAGCAAGAACUCAAAGCGCUGACAUUCGUCAAGUACAUCGACGUCAAAGAGGGACAAUCGGAAGCUUUUGUUCGUGUGGAUAAAUUUGCAUCGGCAAAUCAACUUGUGAAAUUUUACACCAACUCGGAAUAUCAAACGCAAAUUUUGAGCGGCGAAGUUGAACAACGUUAUUGGCAAAAGAUGAUGAGUGAUCGGGAACAAAAAUUGAACAAAACUGUAAAAGUGAAGCAAGUUCGUGGAAGGGAGAAAUUAUCAAAGAAAAUUGCGCAGCACAUAAGAUUCGAUAAUUAAAGAAUUUUUUUAAAAAAAUAAAAAAAAAGUGAAGUUGAAACAAAAAAAAAGAAUUAUUUAUCUCACCCUCGUUUUAAAGAGUAACGAGUUGCUUGCAUGACGGA